CGAAAACGAAAAGCGACUCCAAGCCAUCAACGGGGGAGUAGAUGGUUCUUUGAUAAAAUCAGAUGUGGUAGCACCAAGAAGCAAAUCAACUUGUGAUUUUCGCAGUGAACGCAUGGACAUAUGUACCAUGGAUGGCGACGUCCGCAUGCACGGCAAAGCCGCCACCGUAUACGUGGUCUCAGCGUCCGGCGAUAGCUACCGGCCAGAGAACGGGACGGUGACCAUUCACCCGUACACGCGCAAGUGGGAGCCACAGACUAUGCAGAUUGUCCGGGAGGUGACCAUCCGCUGGAACGACCCACCGGGGCCGGAUGCGCCAGGAUGCACGGUGACGCACGACGUCCCCGCCGUGGUCUUCUCCUCCGGCGGCUACCUCGCCAACUUCUUCCACGCCAUGACCGACGGCAUCAUCCCUCUCUUCAACACCGCGCGGGAGUUUGAUGGCCGCGUCCAGCUCGUGGCCACCAACUACGACUCAAAAUGGCUUGCCAAGUUCAAGGAUAUCCUCGCCGCACUCUCCAACUACCCGGUCAUCGACUUCGACGCCGACGACGAGGUGCGUUGCUUCCCGUCUGUGCGCGUCGGCACCGAGAGCCAUAAGGAGCUAGGGAUCAUCCCUGCUCUAUCCCGCAAGGGCUACACGAUGACCGACUUCCGGGACUUUCUCCGGUCAGCCUACUCGUUGAAGCGUGAGUGGAUGACCCCCGUAAACAUAACCUCCGGCGACAGACCUCGUCUCGUAAUGGUGUCGCGGCGCAGGUCGAGGGAGAUUGCCAACGAGGUGGAGGCAAUCGCAACUGCCACGCAGGUCGGCUUCGAGGUGGUGUCUGCGGGGCCGGAGGUCGUGAGCGACAUGGCCCGAUUUGCGGAGGUCGUGAACUCAUGUGACGUGAUAUUGGGUGUGCACGGCGCAGGGCUCACCAACCUUGUGUUCCUCCCACGCAACGGCACAGUGAUGCAGAUUGUUCCAUGGGGCGACAUGAGGUGGGCGUCCUUCAGUGCCUUCGGCGCUCCGACGGCUGACAUGGGGCUCCGGUACGUCGAGUACGAGGCCACGGCCGAGGAAACGACGCUCAAGUACAUAUACCCAAGGGACCACGCCGUCUUCACCGACCCCCGCUCCAUACAGAGGCAGGGGUUCGGUGUGGCUUGGGAGACCUUCUUCAACGGCCAGAACGUCACCCUCGACAUUGACCGCUUCAGAGGGGUGAUGCAGCAAAUCUACCAGUCCGUUACCAUCACAUAGCUGGAUAACCGCCGAUGGUAAGAGCAUCAGUGUGAUUUUUUGCCUUUUUGCUGCUUCGUUUCUGGGGUGCUCUUCAAGUGAAGCUUAUCGAUAGUCAUAUCAAUCAUUUGUAAAUUACUUAGCUGAGGGUAAAGCACAAGCUUCAUUAUGAAUGCACGUUUUGGGCCAAUUUGCCCAUUAUAUAUACAACGCAAGCUAUCUCGCCAAA